AUCGGUCCGUCCUGCUUCCAGCUGCUGCAUCGCGCCUUCACCGGCUCGGCAUCCCGCAGCCCCCCGCUCCGGCCCAGCAUGGCGACCCCGACCCAGACCCCCACAACGGCUCCUGAGGAACCUGACCCAUUUUACUAUGACUACAACACGGUGCAGACUGUGGGCAUGACUCUGGCUACCAUAUUGUUCCUGCUGGGCAUCCUCAUCAUCAUCAGCAAGAAGGUCAAGUGCAGGAAGGCGGACUCCAGGUCUGAGAGCCCGACAUGCAAAUCCUGUAAGUCGGAGCUUCCCUCCUCAGCCCCUGGCGGUGGCGGCGUGUAGAAGCAGCCCCGGAACCUCCACUGCUGUCCCUGCCUGGGCGCGGGAGCCUGAGGACCGGGUGGAGGCGGUGGGGACCCCAGCCGUGCGCCGGGGAGCGCCCCCCGAAUGAGCCGCCCCGCCCACCCCAAGGCUGGAGCCGCUGCACCCCGCUGUCCCUCCCCAGACCUUGGCAAUGACGACCCCCCAAAGAGCCCGUCUGUAUCCCGGACCCAGGGACUCAGGCCUCCAGCUCCUGGGGCGCAGGAGUCCCCGGCGAGCCCCCGAGAAGCCCCGUGGACUGUCCCCCUGCACCUCCUUGUCUCCGCCCCGGGGAUCCGUUCCCCUGCCCCCUCGGUGUCCGCGUCUUGAGCUUAAUAAAUGUGCAUUUGGUUUUUUCC